AUGCCAAAUACCUUAGACAAAUCAUAUCUCGAAAAAAGUGUUUGGAAAUCAGAUAUUUUUAAAGGUAAAGUUGCCUUCAUUACUGGUGGUGCAGGUACUAUCUGUCGUGUUCAAGCAGAAGCAUUAGUUUUAUUAGGUGCCAAUGUUGCCAUCAUAGGUAGAAAUGCUCAAAAAACUGAAGAUGCUGCCAAAGAAAUUGCCACAUUGAGACCAGGAGCCAAAGUUAUCGGGAUUGGAAAUGUUGAUGUUCGUAAAAUCCAAACUAUUAAAGACGCAGUUGACAGAACUGUGAAAGAAUUGGGAAGAAUUGAUCACGUUAUUGCUGGUGCCGCUGGUAAUUUCUUAUCUGAUUUCAACCAUUUAUCUUCAAACGCAUUCAAAUCGGUUAUUGAUAUUGAUUUGUUGGGUUCCUUCAACACUGUCAAAGUAUGUUUUGAGGAAUUGAGAAAGAACAAAGGUAGUGUUAUCUUUGUUAGUGCUACUUUACAUUACUAUGGUUUGCCAAUGCAACUUCACGCAAGUGCUGCAAAGGCUGGUGUUGACGCUUUAAGUAAUGCUCUUGCUGUUGAAUUGGGACCUUUGGGUAUUAGAUUCAAUUGUAUUGCCCCUGGUGCUAUUGGCGGUACUGAAGGUAUGCUGCGUUUAGCUCCUCCUAGUGAAGUCCCAAUGGAACUGAAAAUCCCAUUGCAAAGACAAGGUACUACUACUGAUAUUGCGGAUGCCACUGUGUACUUGUUCUCACCAGCUGCAUCAUAUGUUACUGGUGAUGUGUUGGUUGUAGAUGGUGCUUGGUGGCAAGUUGGUGGUUUCCUUGGUGAUCUUUACCCAAGUCUUGUUAUUCACCAAAACGAAGACCCACAAGGGAAAUUGUAG